GCCUAUCGUAUCCCUCGAAACGCCGUCCUUAGCGCCCGCCAGAUUGGUCGAGCUGUCCUACCACACUGUGAUUAAUUUUGUCGCAUUUUGAACACCGACAGACGCCAAACAGAUGCCCGACGAAGGAUACGGACAGCUUCGUGACACUGGAGGCUCCAGUAACCCAGAUUUUCCACAUGGCGCUCCUGAUCCUCUCCCGGAGCCUAUGCAGCCGCGUCCUGCCUGGCGCGUUGUGCCUCCCCAGGGUAGUCGACGAAAGGUCAAGACACAACCACUUGUCCAGCCUCCGCAGAACGUCCCUGAGAUCGAGACAAGGUCCGAAGACCCGACGAGACAGAGAUAUGGAGAACUGCUCGCAGCGGACCCUCAGUUCGUACCAAGCCCGCCCGCUAGCCCUGGACCGAACCUCGCUGUCUCCAGUCAGGACAUCGUCCCUGUGUCCAUGGAUCCGAGAUAGCAAGGAUCGAGCUGGGCGAUCUGGGGACACCGAGCCCACCCAGUAGCCCUCGACGCCACCCUUCCCCUGGCCUGUUUGGUCCUCGUUCGCCCAGGUCAUCAGCGUCAAGCUUGGACCAAUUGCAAAGCACUUACCUCCGAACCAUCUCGAUCGCGGCAUGUGGUACUGACAAGGUUGUUUGCAGCGAGCCCCGGCAUUGAACCGAGCCCGCUCAGUGUCCACGAACACCCUUCUUCCCCCGGCCUAUUUGGCCCUCGCUCGCCCGCGCUAUCAAUGUCGAACUUGGACAUACAGCAAGGUACCUCUCGACUGUCUCGAUCGUGACAUAUAGUACAGGCGACUUGUAGUGAACCCCGGGAUCGAACCGAG